AUGCAGGGCCAACCACCAGGAAGGCAUGCUGAGUCAAGAUCGGGAGGGUACCACUCUUCGGACUACUCCCGGGAUCCCUCUGGGCACCACCACGGCCAGCGCACCUCUAGACAGGGGGACCCACACCGAUCCUCACGCGGCAAGUCCCAGCAGCCAAUGGACAUGCAGGGCCAACCACCAGGCUCCUCCAGAUCUGGUAGCAGCUCUGCCCGGGGUCAGGGUCCUGCUGGCGGACCUACAGGAUCAGGGCGACAAGGCGGUCCAGGUUCCCAAACAGACGGGCCUCCGGGACAAAGGACCCAGCUCCAACAGCAAGCCCCGACAUCAGUAACCAGGCCAGGGCAGCCUGGUGCCACAGCGACCACCGGCUCUCAGCAGCAGCCCCCAGCACAAGGACAAGGCAUGGGCAUGGGGCAGGGCCAGUCCAAGCCAGGACAGAUGGGACCAGCAGGUGGACCCAUGGGACAGGCCAGGCAGACAGGUCCGGCAGGAACCGUGCCAGUCACCAUGGCCAAGAUUGACACGCCUCCGGCAACUGCUAUUGGAGCAAAGGCAGCACCCAUCAUUGCUUCAAAAGUCAGCCAGCCUCCACUCACAGGCAUAGGCUCCAAGGCAGCUCCUAGGCCAGGAGGUAUUGGCAGUGCUGCAGCAGGUCAGCCUGGCAUGGAGGGAGACAGCGUGUUGUCCAAGAUCCUGCCUGGAGGAGCAGCUGAGCAGGCCGGCAAACUGGGAGAAGCUAUCUCUGGAUUUGGCAAGAAGUUCACCUCUUUGUUCUGAGGUGAUAAGAUUAAGGACUAUGUAAAUGUUAAAUGAUGAAGUCACGAGGCCUCAUACCAGAAAAACCUGUCAAGUUCCGCCUGCUUUUGUUUUACUAAAAGAGAGAGAGGAAGAAGAGAGGGGAGGGGGAACUGAGCAGAGAACUGAGCAUACAGCCAACUAAGACUGGGAUCCUCCGAAUACUUCACGUCUCUGGCCUACUGACAGAGAGAACAGGCCACUCUCUCUGACAGGCCAGACAAUCAUUCUCAGCCAACAUCCAUCUUCAGAAGAGCUACCCUUGUUCAUGGAGCAUCCCCAGCCAAAGCCUCCAAACCAAAUUUCUGCAGAUCCCCUAGAAGCAACCUGUAGCAGUUAAACACAUCUGCACCCAUCCAUUAUAAAAGAGCAACUGGUGGCCAAAAAUAACAGCAAAAUUCAGAGACAUGAAUUAGUAUUAAUCUUUCACCAUGCCAGUUGAAGGAGCUCAUGGUCAUUGAAGACAAGUUGAACCAAUCUAGUGACGAGUGAUGCUAUUCUACUCUCAUAUGCAGAUAUUGCCAUCAUUUAUAUGAGAGCUGCUUUUUCCUGCUAACAACCCAUAGGAAAUAGUAGUUUUGCCACAGGCAUAGUGGCAUGCUAGGUUCCUUGGUUUCACAGUCCUGUGCCCAAAUGAGGAAUAACAGAAACAAAUCAGCCUCUCUCCUCUUUUCCAUCUCUUCUCAUAUAAAAAAGAUUGGGGGGAAAUGGAAUAAAAUGCAUUGAAGUACUGCAGGUUUUUCUGGUACUAAAGACCUCUUGUUACAUCUCCUGUUGAGACGAUAAUGGAGCAAUGGACAUGUCCCUUUGAAUGAAGACAAUUACAUUAAUAUAGCCGACAUGGAGAACACAGGUGUUGGCGUGUUUCUUUCCGUGGUUUGCUGUUUCUAUCUACAUUCCAGAUUGGAACUGUUAAAACCUUUUGCUUCUCCCCCUCCUCACCUGUGUGAUUGCUGAGUCUUCUUUUUUUUGUAAUCCCAUCCAAUGAUCCUCAACUCAUGUCUUCAAGGAGUGUAUAUUGGAUUAAGAAAAAAAUCAUAGGAAUUUGGAAUGCAUGAAACUUUAUAUCCAAGACCUUACACUGUUCAUCAUUACUUAACAGAGGCCAUAAAGACAAUGGGAAACACAUCUAAACUAGACGACGUAAAUAAUAAAGAAGAGAUAUUACUGAAGCAGCACACAGGAACAUCACUAGAGGAAUAAGAGGAGUCUUUUUUGGUUUUAGGGAAAGCUUUCCAUUAGUAUUUGGAAAGAAACCGUAUGUGUUUGGGUUGUUUUUCUAACAUUACAAAGCAACAUUUGCCUGUAGUGCUUGUGGCAAUAGGGUUUCUUCAUUUGGCUCUCAGAUAUUUUGCAUGUUGUUAAAGGUGAUGGUUCAUUUGUUGUUAUCUUUAAUUUUUUUAUAAUUGAGUUAUGUGAUUUGCCUGGUGUUUAUGUUGCGGGUUACCAAUAUCGCCUUAAUCAUUUUAAAUGUUUUAUUUUGAAGUGGCAUUUUUAUGACAUCCUGUAAACACAUACUGUAUUUUCACUACACCCUUUUUUACGUAGUAAUAUCAGCUGGAACACUGGCCACAGUGAGAUUAAUUUAUAUUUUUUAAAUUAACUUUUUUUUAAAUAAUUGUGAUAUUGUUUUUUAUUUAUUUAUGUUUUAUAGUGUUUUGUUACCUUCAUCAAGCCCCAUGUCAAUUUUCUGACUUUUUUAUUCACAAUAAUUAUAAAAGCAAUAGAGUAAAUGGUAAGAAAGUAAAGAGCACAAUCUUGUGUAAUUUUAAAAGCUGAUGGAACAGAAACGUGUUGCCUCCAUCUGCUUAACUUACCACUGAUGUACUGCUCAAACCUGACUUUAAACAUGCCACAAAAUGUACUCCAAUAUUUUAUAACAGCUGUACUAAUAGGUCAGCGAGCAGCAGCUCACCUAUAAACCAUAGCUUUGGUACCACCAAUAUCAUCCCCUCGUACCAAAAAUGAGACAUCAGUGUUGUAAAUCAUCCAGUCAGUGGCUCAGAGUGUGAUCUGAAAGCACUGCAGGGCAGCAGAGAGGCACUGGAAAGCAGACCAGUCACACAUUACCGCAGAACUGGACUUGGCAUCGUCACCGGUGGGGGUUUGGGUUUUAAUGUGAUUCUUCUGACCCUCCGAGAUGGACGUUCAUUGGGACUGCGAAGAGCUCCUUACACAUCAGUGUGUAUCAGCAUGUGUCUUCACUUUUUCAAAUGUGCACAGCACACGUGAAAGCACACUUGAGGAUGGUGUCAAAAAAGAAGAAAAAUAGCAUCCAUGUGACUGAGGAACCAAAAAUAACACACGUGGUUGUGUCACAAAGUCACUCACCUUUUUAAACUUUUUUUUCUAUCAUGUUGGCGUCCAAACCUGUAACCCAGCCCCCAGAAACCUCUCUCUCAGACUGUCAGUUGUCAUGGAAACUUCUCAGGUCAGUGGUCUCCCUGCUGUUGCUCCUGCAGUGCACUGUGGGAUCUGCGGUUUGAUACUCAAAACGCACUCUGUCAGGCCAAACAUUGCGAGGCCUUCAGCAAAACCAACGAACCAACUUCUGCUGUAUAUUGUCUGUGUGAACGCUCGCUGGGAACCUUCGCAUGCCACCCGGCGCAGAAAACCUCAAAGUCACCUCUAUAUUGUUCUGUUCCUAAUGUUUAUAUGUAUGUGUGUGGGAGUUCUGUAUGUGUGUAUUUAAUGACCAUCAUCCAACGUGGAAAAGAAAAGAAAAAAAGGCAAACGUGAGUUCAAAUACAACAAAUAUGGUAGGCAAAAGCAGCGACCUCUCAUCUCUAGUCGUUCUAUGCAAUGAAUCACAUUUGAAAAAAACUGAGAA